AUGGCUGACCCAGUACUACAAGAGGUGCACCUGAACUUCGAUCUUUUUAGAAAGGCGUAUGAACAGAAAGAUUUCAAUGCAUGCCCCGAGCUCCUCACGAAGCUCAAGGCCAUGCUAGCACAACUAAGAAGCCUCCCGCCGAUGUAUGAAGCUACACCAAAUGCGGCGGGAGAACUAACAGUAGCAAGGGACAUAUAUGAGCAUGCUGUUGUUCUUAGCUUGAAGACAGAGAAUGAGGAAGCAUUCGAGAGGGAUUUUCUUCAGUUGAAGCAGUACUAUUAUGCCGCGGUUGGUACCGGUCGCCUUCCACCGUCCCCUCAAGAGGACCUGCUAUUAGCUCUCAACCUGCUGAGGCUCCUUGUGCAGAACAGAACUGAUGAGUUCCACGACGAGCUGGAGCUGCUUGUAUGCAUGUCACCCGAUGCAUUGGACAACCCUUGCAUCAAGCAUGUCGUGGAGUUGGAGAAGUCCUUAAUGGAGGAGGGAGGAGCUUACGUAACUACGUUGCUUGCUCGGCAAGCAAUGCCAGAUGACAUUAGUACUUAUACUUAUGCAAAUUAUUUUAUGGAUCUUCUUGAAAAAACUAUCAGAGAUCAGGGGGAUGUAAAUAAUAAUGAUGCGGUGUUUUUCGAGAAGGCGAAGGAGUCUGCACCUUGCAAGGAGAUACCAUCUCUGCAGCUAAUCAAUCAGAUGCUCAGUCAUGCAACAAAGUCGGAUCAGAUCCAUGGUUCAGAGAACGAUAGCUAG